AUGCACACUGACAUACGCACCCUGGAUGUAAACCUUGAACGGUUUUUCGGGACCAAGCCCACGCGGGUCGACGACGCCUUUGCCAUUUCUCUAGCUGAACAGAGCUACCUGCCAAAGGUGGACGACCCGCGUGCAGACUGGGUCGUCGUAGCUGCCUUUAAUGCUUUCCAAGCCUUCCAGCAAGGCCAGCUGGGCAAGGUCGAGCGGUUUGCAACUAUCGGGACUGGUUCAGGCACUGACGUGGUCGCCGCGCUCGAGACGUUUCCGCAGCUCAAAUUCGCAGCCAUGACUGACCUCCACCAGUCCGUGGUCGACGUAGCGAAGCACAACGUUGUGAGUGCAACGCAGGGCUCGGCGCCGGUAGUGCGCCGGGUUGCGGAGCGCAUCUUCGCUGCCGACGGCGACCUCUUGCAGCCUCUAGAGGGUCAGGCUGCUUUCGAUCUCAUCUACGAAAACCUCCCCAAUAUCCCUCUAUCCACUUCUUCAUCCACCACCGAUACCCUCGUCCGCGAGGGCCAGACCUCUUCAACGUUCGUCGGUGACCGCAGCGCCGACGGCGUCCCCGCGCACGUGUCAGCCGCAAUGCUGGACCUGCACUACCUGUGCCUGCGCCAGGCGCGGGUCAAGCAGCUCGUCAACCCGAAGACGGGGGUCAUCCUGUCCAGCAUAGGCGGCCGCGUUCCCGUCCAGGCCAUGCUCGACAUGGCGCGCGCGGCGGGCUACACGGCCCGCGUGGUGUCUCUGGCGUGGAAGGUCCAGAGCGAGCCCCACACGGUGAUUGGCGAGUACGCGGAGAGUCAGAAGAGCGGACUGGGCACGUAUUAUUUCUACCCCACUUCAGCACUCGCGUCAGUGUUCAACCACUUGUCCCCGGCUACAGCAGCUCUGCACUCAGACUGGAUCGAGCAACAACUCCUCCCACAUCGUCUGGACGCUGUGACUGCAUAUCGUCAGCAUUGCGAGGGUAUCGAGAUUGGGCACACGGUAGUUGUAAUCGCCAGCGUUUUCGGCGUUGUUGGUGAAGAUGGCGACACUGUUCGGAGCAUACUCUAAGAUACGUAAGGUCCAGGCGCCCCAGAAUUGAGAUAACUUCGAGCAAGGGAUAUGGGAAAUGUCGCGAGUUGAGAGAAGUAUAGGCACGUUGAAAUAUCAGCCCCGGAGCGUGCUAGGCACUAGGGAUAGGAAGUGAAAUAGGCCGUCUAAGACGAGAACGAGAGGUUUUCGUG